ACAUGUUUCCUUUGUUGUGAGCAGUGGCAAAGACUGGUGGCUCCGGGAGACGCCGGCGCAGCAGAGACCGCGGGGUCGACGCUCGUGCAGCUUCCAACCUGCGCCGAGAGGCUUAGGUAGUAAAGGAUGAACCACAAGGCCACAUUUGGGGAAGCUCCGUGUCAACUCCAGCGGAUUUUAAUGAUUACUUUUGUUCUAAACGGCGCGUGCUAGUGUUGCAGCCAACACCCGGCGAGUCCACCAGCUGGUUGAUUGAUAAGGGUGUGGAAAUUUAAACAACACAAGUAUUUUACCUGGAGCUUUGGUCAAACAAAUGCUAAGAAGCCACAUAAAGAAGAUCCCUAGCAGCCAUUUCUCAACCAUUAUAUAGUCACCUGAUGUAACAAUGGUACUAAUAUUGGGACGCAGACUAAACAGAGAGGAUCUUGGGGUGCGUGAUUCCCCAGCAACUAAGCGUAAAGUUUUUGAAAUGGACCCCAAAUCUCUGACAGGUCACGAGUAUUUUGACUUCUCCUCAGGAUCAUCCCACGCUGAGAACAUACUCCAGAUAUUUAAUGAGUUCCGAGACAGCCGCUUAUUCACAGAUGUUAUCAUCUGUGUGGAAGGAAAGGAGUUUCCUUGCCAUCGAGCUGUCCUCUCGGCCUGUAGCAGCUACUUUAGAGCCAUGUUCUGUAACGACCACAGGGAGAGCCGAGAAAUGCUGGUUGAGAUCAACGGCAUUUUAGCUGAAGCUAUGGAAUGUUUUUUGCAGUAUGUGUACACUGGAAAGGUGAAGAUCACAACCGAGAAUGUUCAGUACCUCUUCGAAACCUCCAGCCUCUUUCAGAUCAGUGUUCUCCGUGAUGCGUGUGCGAAGUUCCUAGAGGAGCAGCUUGACCCUUGCAAUUGCCUAGGGAUCCAGCGCUUCGCCGACACCCACUCACUCAAAACACUCUUCACAAAGUGCAAGACCUUUGCAUUACAGACUUUUGAGGAUGUGUCCCAGCAUGAAGAAUUUCUUGAGCUUGAUAAAGAUGAACUUAUUGAUUAUAUUUGUAGCGAUGAACUUGUUAUUGGGAAAGAGGAGAUGGUUUUUGAGGCCGUCAUGCGCUGGGUCUACCGAGCUGUUGAUCUGCGAAGGCCACUAUUGCAUGAGCUCCUGACGCACGUCAGACUCCCUCUCUUGCAUCCCAACUACUUUGUUCAGACAGUUGAGGUGGACCAGUUGAUCCAGAAUUCUCCUGAGUGUUACCAGUUGCUGCAUGAAGCAAGACGGUACCACAUACUUGGCAAUGAAAUGAUGUCCCCGAGGACCAGGCCACGCAGGUCUACUGGCUAUUCAGAGGUGAUAGUUGUGGUUGGAGGCUGUGAACGAGUUGGAGGAUUUAAUCUUCCGUAUACUGAGUGCUAUGAUCCAGUAACAGGAGAAUGGAAGUCCUUGGCCAAGCUUCCAGAAUUUACCAAAUCAGAGUAUGCUGUCUGUGCACUAAGGAAUGAUAUUCUUGUUUCAGGUGGAAGAAUCAACAGCCGUGAUGUCUGGAUUUAUAACUCACAGCUAAAUAUCUGGAUCAGAGUUGCUUCUCUAAAUAAAGGCAGAUGGCGCCACAAAAUGGCUGUCCUUCUUGGUAAAGUGUAUGUUGUCGGAGGCUAUGAUGGGCAAAACAGACUUAGCAGUGUAGAGUGUUACGAUUCCUUUUCAAAUCGUUGGACAGAAGUUGCUCCGCUUAAAGAAGCAGUGAGCUCUCCAGCAGUGACAAGCUGUAUAGGAAAACUGUUUGUGAUUGGUGGAGGACCUGAUGAUAAUACUUGUUCUGAUAAGGUUCAGUCUUAUGACCCGGAAACCAAUUCUUGGCUACUUCGUGCAGCUAUCCCAAUUGCUAAGAGGUGCAUAACAGCUGUGUCUCUGAACAACCUGAUCUAUGUUGCUGGUGGACUGACCAAGGCGGUAUAUUGUUACGACCCAGUUGAAGACUACUGGAUGCAUGUACAAAACACAUUUAGUCGACAGGAAAACUGCGGCAUGUCUGUGUGCAAUGGUAAGAUCUAUAUCCUAGGUGGAAGACGGGAAAAUGGAGAAGCCACAGACACUAUUCUCUGUUAUGAUCCUGCAACAAGUAUCAUCACAGGGGUCGCUGCAAUGCCCAGACCAGUGUCCUAUCAUGGCUGUGUGACUAUUCAUAGAUACAAUGAGAAAUGCUUUAAGCUCUAAACCUGGUGUACCUCACACAAGAAGCCACACAGCCUAAGAGGGAACUUUUAAAGUAAGAACACGUCUCCUUUGUGCUGUAUGGAAAAAGAAAGAAAUAGCCCUGAUGCCUUUCUCCAAAAAUACCAAUAUUUCAAGCUGUAUUAAGUUCUUUCCUGUAACUGGGGGUGAGGACUGUUAAAAUGAUGGCGGUUAAAGCCAGGCAUAGUAGUGCACACCUUUAAUUCCAGCACCCAGAAGGCAAAGGCAGGUGGAUUUCUCCGAGUUUGAGCCCAGCCUGAUCUACAUAACAAGUUCUAGGUCACCAAGGGCUACACAAUAAGGCCUUGUCUUCAAAAAAAAAAGUAAUAAUGAUAAUUUGGCCUAUGAAUAUAUUUUUGCAACUGUGAGAAACUGUGUGGGGUAAGAAAUGACAUCCAGCUGUAAACUUCUUAGGGAUUUGUGAACCAUCUUUUAGGAAUGUUCAUUUCUUUUUUGUCUAUUAUGUAGAGAAAAAUUGUAUGACUGAAGCUUCAUUUAGGUUGAAUGCCUGAUGUUAAGAACGUUUAGUAUUCGUUGUGAGGAGGAGAAACGAGUUUUAAAUACAACUGUCACUGACUUAUCCAUACUGGUUAAUUUCAUUGAAGGUGGGUUUAUUUUUUUAGCUGUAAAAAUGUAGUGACAAUUCAGCUACCGUAAAACAUCAAAUUUAAUGACUUCAUAGACUAUUCUCUGUUAUUAAAUACUUUUUGUGAGCUUAUGUAGGAGAUUUAAAUUAUACAUUA